AUGUUGACCAAAAAAGCAGCAUACAUUGAAUUUCUGCCACAUCAACAUAAAAUUGUGUCUGGUCAAAAUCUGUUGUUAGAAUGGAUAGACAGACGUUUGGAUGUAUCCGAACAACAAUGUAAUUUGCAUAAAAUGCAUUUUCUCUACUUGCGGUGGACUUUCGUUGUCGAUGCAUCAUGCUGCAAUAUAAAAUCAGAUUUUCGAUUUGAGGAUGAACUAAAUGAGUGCGAAAUUGAAUUUGAAUCAUUUUCAAUCGCUCAUGUGCACAAUGCAAUUUGUGUAAUUGAAAUUUUCCGUGUAAUUAAAUGCAAUUACCUAGAUUUAAGUGAAUGGGAUGUCUUUCAUUGUUGUGAAUGGAAGGUGGAAGAUGUUAAUGGUAAAGCUAGAAACAAUUCUGUUCAAAUGUAA